UGAUCAUGGCAGUGGCUACAGGACCCGAGAGGCAGUGCCAGCCUGGCUGCUUUGACCAUGUGAGGGUAGGCUCUGUCAUGAGCUGUGCUAUGGCCAUGGUGGCCAGGGCGCUGUUUUGUACCUUCUCCUGUCUCAGGAUUGAAGUGUGGGGUUGGAAGCUGAUGGGUGGCACUAGAGAAACCCUGAUGCAGGGUGAUGGCACCUUUGGCACAUUCAUGGCCACUGGAAUGGGCACACGGUGCUAAUCAGGGCAGUGCAGGCCUGCUACACCUCUACUUCCCAUCCAGACCCCUUGUACAAUAAUAAGGGAUUUUGUUUCUUGGUUUCUGUUUGU